ACUAAGUGUUGAGGAAGUGAAUAUACCCACUUCCCAUGUUGUCACCCAGUUAGACAGCAUCAUGCGAGGAAUGAUAAGAUCACUCACAAGCUGUUAAGCCUCAGACAUGGACCGGUUGUUUUGGUUUUCUCUCCUCCUUACCUAUCUGCCAGUAACAGAGAGCACGAAAAAAGAGGAGAGCUGCUUAAUACAGCAACACGAGGUGGUGGGCUAUAUAGGACAAAGUGCUGUUCUCAGCUGUACCGUCAGAUCAGACAAAGGCUGUUCAGCCGAAGGCCUGAAUUAUGAGUGGUUUACUUACAAGAAACACGACCAUAUUCGACUCAACCUGAGUAGCAAUUCUCACAAGUACAUCCUGAACAGAGCAUUUUUACACAUCAAGUCGCUUCACACCAAUGACAGCGGGGUCUACUACUGUGCUGCAGCAUCAAGUGGUGACCCAGCACCCGGCGCCCAGCAUGUAGGGUUGGGUACACCUCUUCAGGUACACAUUAAAAGAAGACCCAUUCUUAUGUGGGCAUUGUGUGCAUUGUUUGUCCUCUUGGCCAUCUACAACUUGGCAGUAGUGAUACUUAUUAUAAAGAAGUAUGGCUGCAAUCUGAACGUCCGCAGGAGGAUGUGCAAAACUGAGAAUAACUCGACUAAAAAAGCACAAUUCAGUAACGUGUUGCAAGAAAUGUACAGCAGAGGGAACUUGGGCGGAGGCAAAAAUACUGUGAGCAGAGUUCAAUCCGAGGCUGCAAGCACCGACUUCAACUGCUCAAAUGAUGACAUCUAUCAAAAUGUCUAAGUGUCAUUCAAGAACUUUAAAUGACACUCAGACCUCCGUCAUCCAGACUGAGGAAAUUCCAAAAGCAUGAAACAUCUGACGGAGGACGCGGUUAUGUGACAGAGGAAAUGAGCAAGUCAGUGUUCUCAUGAAGUGAGACAGUUUAACAGUUUUCAGUAGGGAUAAACAGACUGCUGCUCUUAGACACUUGUAGUUUUAUUUAUGUUCUUUUGAUUGUAAUUAAUAUGGGAGCACCUUCAACAAGUUCAAAACCAACGCAGUGUUUACAUGGGGAAAGAAAUAAAGAGUUAAAGUUGCAGUAGGUAGAAUUGGAGCAAAUAUGAUUAAAAAAAGCUAUAUUUUUAUUUAAAACGGUCACUAUAUCCUGACAGUAGUCCAUGAGACAGGUAAUCUGAAAAAAAAUCAUG